GGGAACAAAAAUACGGUCACGUGACGUGCGUUUACUGUUGUCUGCUAUCCUCUGCUAUGUUUACACCUAUUCAUUUCUCUUCUUGAUAUUUGAGGAAUCUGAAGAUAAACAAAUCAUAUUAACAGCUAAUAUGUGACAAACUUGUAACCCUUUGAAAUGGAGAUGAAACAUAUUGCAGAAAAAGACAUUAGUCCAGUGGCUUCUUCUGAUCAUCUGGGAAGAAGAUCAUUGCCAAAAGAAAGUGGGAGAGAGAGCACACUAGGAAACUUGAAAAUCAUAAGACAGAAUGUCAGGAAGAAAAAAGAAGAAAAACCUAAGAAACAGCUUGAUGGAAAAGCCAAAGGUUUGUGGGAUGCUGCCAAAACAAAAACUAACCAAAAGGAAAAUAAGAAAUCAAUGAUUGAAGUGUCCCAGCCAGCAAAUCAAAAGUUUGAAGGAUUCUUCGAAAACUGUGUACCAGUCACAGAUGUCAGGAGUGAUGCAGAUUGGAGAAUUAAAUAUGAAUCAUUAAACGACAGUUCAUUUAAAAGAAAAUUCCUGGAAAUUCUGCAAGGGAAUGAAGUUUCUACUGCGAGUGAAAACAAAAAUAAGAUUAAUAGUGUCCUUGCCAGUAUCCCUAAUCUGGAUAAAAAGCUGUUGGAAGAAUUCUUGUUAAAAGACUCAAAUGAAGAAUUUCAACAGAUGUUGGCAACAAGAGUAACACUACCUGCUUGGAGCCGAAAAGAAGAUGUUCUGAACACUGUGAGAGACAAUCAAGUUGUAGUUAUCUGUGGUGAAACUGGGUGUGGAAAGACCACUCAGAUUGGACAAUUUCUGCUAGACGAGGCCAUUGAAUCAGGAAGUGGAUCAACUUUUCACGCUAUAUGUACUCAGCCGAGGCGAUUGGCAGCAAUAUCUGUUGCUCGUCGAGUUGCUGAAGAACGCAAUGAAACCUGUGGCGAUUCAACAAGCUCCGUUGGAUACCAGAUACGUCUGGAACGCCUUUACCCUCGAGAAAGAGGAUCCAUUCUAUUCUGCACGACCGGAAUUUUAGUCCAGCUUCUGAUAUCCGAUCCAUUGUUAGAAAACUACUCCCACAUCUUACUAGAUGAAGUCCAUGAAAGAGACUUAUUGACCGACUUCAUUCUGACCAUCGUACGCGAUCUACUUCCCAAGCGCCCCAAACUACGUGUGAUUCUUAUGAGUGCCACCAUUAAUUCGGACCUUUUGUCAACGUACUUUAAUAAUUGUCCAGUGCUCAAUAUUUCCGGAAGGAAUUUCCCAGUGCAAGUUUUUUACUUGGAAGAUAUUCUCAGCGAAUUAGACUAUCGAUUUCGUUCUACUCGCAGCAAAAGCGGAUCGGAUGCUCAAUCAAAUCAAUUGGACCUUGAAUACAACCAACUUAUGAUCCCAUUGAUAGAAGAAAUGGAGGCCAAACACAGCUACCCGCUCCACGUGUUUAAAUCAUUACGGAAGCGCGAAUCUGAAGAGGCUCCUGAAAUAUUGAUCAUGGCACUGCUCAAACAUAUUUGUGCGCGGGAAGCUGACGGAGCGAUCCUGAUCUUUUUCCCUGGCUGGGAGCAGAUAAAAAGUUUGAACAAACUGUUGCUUAACGACCGACAAUUCUCCAGCAGAAAGUUCUUGAUCUUUACCCUGCACUCCAUGUUGCCUACCUUUAACCAGCGCCUGGUCUUCGAUAAACCACCCCGUGGAGUUAGAAAAUUAAUUCUAUCCACCAAUAUUGCCGAAACAAGCCUUACAAUCGACGAUGUCGUGUAUGUUAUCGAUUGCGGAAAAGCUAAACUACCAAAUUUUGAUCCGCAAACGAAAUUGAAUACGCUCAAUUCCGAAUGGAUUACUUUGGCUAACGGUUCCCAACGCAAAGGGCGCGCUGGUCGAACUAAACCGGGAAUUUGCUAUAAACUAUACAGCCGUGGACGUGAGUCGACUUUCCCUCCUCAUCCUAUACCAGAAAUCAAGAGGACGCGGUUAGAAGAGCUCAUACUACGAGUAAAAAUCCUCAAACUUGGUCGGGUGGAAGAUUUCCUUCGCAAAGUACCCGAACCGCCUGACGACUGCACUGUUAAAAUCAGUCUUGAACUUCUUCACGAACUUGGGGCCCUAGAUGACGCCGAGUGUCUUACUCCAUUAGGUUUUCAUCUUGCUCAGCUGCCCACCGAUCCCCGCACCGGCAAACUAAUAUUACUUGGAGCCAUUUUCGGAUGCCUUGAGCCCAUACUGUCGAUCGCCGCUGCGUUGAAUUUUAAAGAUCCGUUUGUGGUGCCUUUGCAUCAAGAAGAAAAUUACCGAAAGAGAAAGAAGGUUCUAGGCGACAAAUUAUUCUCCGAUCACCUGUUAAUUGCUAAAGUGAUGCGUCAAUUUCGAGCAGCUCAGAACGAAGGUUAUGCCGCUGCCAAGGCGUACUGCAUCGAGAACUUUCUAAGCACUAGCACCAUGUCAAUGCUUUCAAACAUGAUGGAUCAGUUUUGUCGUGAUUUACACGAACGCCAGUUUGUGACCAGUGUCUCCCUUAGUGAUCCUGCUGCUAACGUAAACUCUAAAAACGAUUGUCUUGUUCUUGCUGUACUUUGCGCCGGCCUUUUCCCCAAUGUGGCAAACGUAGCAGUCCAUAGUCGUAACUUGCCCAAACGCAAUUCUUCAAAAAGUCCUACUUCCGCUUUUAAAGUGAUGACAACAGAGGAUGGCCCGGUCCUUAUUCAUCCCCGAUCGAUCAAUUACAACACCGAUUUCGCUAAAUCGACUUGGUUGUGCUAUUACGACAAAGUUAAAAGUACCUCCGUUUAUCUUCAUGAUUGUUCUGUAGUUCCCCCGUUAGCCGUUCUGUUCUUUGGAGGUGAGCAACUUUUAGGAAAGAAAAAUGGCAAAAUUAACAGCAAUGGUUUCCGAUUCAAGUGGGAUAGUUUGGCGUUGGAAAAAACUCAGUCUCUUCGGUUGUGUUGGGAAAACUAUCUCUGCCAUCGUGUUUCGCAUCCCGGAGCUACGGACUGGUCACCUGAUUCCAUGGACUCUGCACUUUUGCGAGCAAUUAUUCAGUUCACCACUGCUACAUCAGUGUCGUUAGAUGAAGAGACUGGUUUGUUAAUGUUGACCAAAGAGGAAGCAGGUUACAGUCGCGUGUGGUAGAACUGUGUUUCUUGUUUCAGCUUAAUAACCGUUCUGUUUGAAAUUAACAAUUAAACAGAUUAUGUGUGAAUAAGCGUCGCCAUUAUUUUGAAAUUGAGUACAUGCAAGCCUAUU